GUUUGUUCUUUUUAAAAACAUGAAACAAAUUCCGUCACACCACAAUCAACUGUAAAUAUAAACAUCAGCGAUGCCAAAAGUUAACAAACCAAAAGUAUCUUUAAAAGAUGUUAAAGAGCGUCCUUUUCACCCUUAUAGUCGCAAAGCCUUGCAACUAAAUAAAGUAUUGACACACGACAAAAGAGUAGAGAAUGCUAAGUCAAAUCAAAUGAUUAAGUCAGAACUACUAGCUGAUAAACUUCUUUGGUUUCAGGAUCACCUAGAUGACCGUCAUAUUUAUACAAAACAAGAUAUGCUUGAGUUAGUGAUGCAGUACAGAGACAGGUUUAGGGAUGAAUUAGAGCAGAUCAGCAUUGUACAGAAUGUAGGCAACAGACAGAAUUCCAAACAACAUGUUUCUAGAGAGGCUAGUAUCAAAAUGACAGCGGAAGAUGAGACUAACCAAUUUGAGGGCUCUGGCAUAGAAGUGCCAGACCUAAUCAAUAAAAAACAUUUAGAAGAGUUUAAGAAAUGGAAUGGAGAAAUUAAGUUUAUCCAAAAUUUGAAACUUAGGAAAAUAUCUUGCGUUGACUUGCAAAGAUUAAAUGAUAAAGCUUUAAAAGAUACAUGUUCUGAUGAUUAAAACAUUAUCAAAUGUA